UUCCGCGGGGCCCCUAUCCGGCGCAGUCCCGGUCGCCGCCGACCAGCCCCACGCAGAAGCGGCUGGAGGAGCGGCAGACGGAGGUGGCGGCGGUCGACCUCGGCCUCCCGGCCGCGCCUGGUGCGCCUGCGCCGCCCGAGCCGGUUCCCCGGCGGGGAGGCGGGGAGGAGGCUGGGGUCCGCCCUCGCCGCCGGUGGUGGCGAGGAAACAGGAGAGAGGAGAGCCGGGGUCCCGGAGAGAGGACGACAAGGAAAUGAAAAGGCCGGGAGGAGCGCGGCUGAACCGGGGAAAGGAGAACUCCCAGAGAGGGUGUAUCAGAGGAGGUUGAGCAACGAACCCAGGGGUUGCUAGAGGAAGUACCCACGUUUACAUCAUGUGCCUAAUAACUCGGUGACCUCUGGUCACUUAACCUAAUGCUUGCUUCUAUUUUGGGCUUUUUCUUUUUUCAAUUGGGUUUAUAACUUCAGAAAUUAUAGGGCGAAAUAGGAUAAGAUGAGGUGAAAUGGGAUCCCAACGGAUUGUCUCAUGAAAAUAAUUUGUUUCGGGUUGGCCGGUUAGCUCAGUUGGUUAGAGCACGGCCUUUUAACACCAACGUCAAGGGUUCAGAUCCCCGUACCCGCCAGCCAUCAAAAGAAAAUCAUUUGUUUUUUGUGUACAAUAAGUACUGCCUAGUUUUGUCAAUUACCUUUUUGUCUUAUAUACCCAGUGAGGAGAUUAUAAACCUGCCGAUUUCAUUCAUAUGUAUGAAAGAUCUGGAUAAUCUUUCUUCCCAUUUUGCCUGUCAUUUACUAGGCGAACAAUAAAGAUAUGCUGAUUUAAAUUAGAAGAUUUCUACCCAAAAGUGACCUACAUUACUCUCCAGCUAUUAUGACCAGACAAAGAGCAAGCGAGGAGAAAGGUGGGGUUUGUUGAUCUCUUCAUCAGGCAGCAGUUUAUUUUGGUAAACAAAUCCAGAAGCCUGACAGCUGUCGGUUAGUGUCCUUGAAAACCUAAGUCAAGCAAUUUGGCUUGCCUGGAUUGACAAAUGACUCACAGAGAACGCAAUUAGAGGACACUUUGCCUGAGGUUCGAAUUCCCGAGAAGCCACAAAAGCCGGAUGGAGUCACAUUGCUGCCAGAAGGGCAAGAGAGGUGAAGAGAAGCGUGAGCUAUCCUAGUAUCAAGGCUGGUAAGAGCGGCUGCGGAGCAAGCGAACGCAGAAACCCAUUCCACCGCCCGGAGCCCUGGAAAACAGUAAAUCAUCUCCUAAAACUCCAAUCCUGUUGGGUGGAGAAAGCCCAGAUGGAAAGGAAGGACCUGACUGAAAAACAAGAAGCAGAAACGAAGCUAAGAAAAGCCUACAUGAAAGAUGGCUAGGUCUGGACGGGGGAAAGGGGCCACAAUCUGGGCCACGUGUCUGCAUUGCUACACCCGGGGAAUCAAAACAAACCCGCGUGACCCCGCCCUGCGUCGGUCACGUGACGUCGACGUGAGCGGCGCUUCCGGAAUCCUCCGGGAGGAAUCGUUGGGGUUCUUUCCUGUGGUACCUCUUCAGACCCCCGGUUCGGCCUGGCUCGGAUCUCACUCCGCCUUCACUCCAGCUUUGACUCCACUUUGGUUUCGGCGAAGUCCGCUCGCGGUAGCCAUGGCAGCAGCCUCGGAGGCGAGCACGCACGUGACCCUUGCAGCCGGAACGGGAGGGGACGAAGAUGAACAUGUCAAACCUUUUAUGCCAGAGAAAGCAAAAGAAAUUAUAAUGUGUUUACAACAACCUGCAAUCUUCUAUAACAUGGUUUUUGAUUGGCCAGCAAGCCACUGGAAUGCUAAACACCUUUCUAAGGUCCUUUAUGGUAAGCAGAUACGAUUCAGAAUGGGAAUGAAGAGCACAGACACAGCUCCUCAGUUUGAAACUACAUGUAAUUAUGUAGAAGCUACACUUGAAGAGUUCCUAACAUGGAACUGUGACCAGUCUAAUAUUUCUGGACCAUUUAGAGAUUAUGAUCAUUCCAAAUUCUGGGCUUAUGCUGACUAUAAAUAUUUUGUCAAUCUAUUUGAAGACAAGACAGAUGUUUUCCAGGAUGUGAGAUGGUCUGACUUUGGGUUUCCUGGAAGAAAUGGACGAGAAAGUACGUUGUGGAUCGGCUCCCUGGGAGCCCAUACACCCUGUCAUCUGGACUCCUAUGGUUGCAAUUUAGUAUUCCAGGUACAAGGCAGGAAAAGAUGGCAUCUCUUUCCUCCUGAAGAUACUCCUUUCCUUUAUCCAACUAGAAUCCCUUAUGAAGAAUCUAGUGUGUUCAGUAAAAUCAAUGUUGUCAAUCCUGAUUUAAAGCGUUUUCCUCAGUUCCAGAAAGCUCAAAGACAUAUGGUUACACUGAGCCCAGGACAGGUUCUGUUUGUUCCCAGACACUGGUGGCAUUAUGUAGAAUCCAUUGAUCCUGUCACUGUCAGUAUAAACUCAUGGAUUGAGCUGGAAGAGGACCACCUCACCCGGGUAGAGGAGGCCAUCACCCGCAUGCUUGUGUGUGCCCUGAAAACUGCAGAGGAUCCACACGAUACCAGAGCUUGGCUAAACCCAACUGAGGUUGAGGAAACAUCCCAUGAAGUCAAUUGUCACUACUUGAAUGGAGCUGUUUCUGCCUUUUUUGAUCAUUAUGGAACAGCUAAGGUAGAAGAAAUCCAAGCGCUGAGAACAAAUGGAGAGCACACGAAAAAGGAAGAAUUAAAUGUGUGCAGCCACAUGGACGUGGAACAAACAUGCAGCCCGAACCUCACCAGGGGAACGGGGAGACAGGAGGUGGCCAGUCCCUUUGGCCCUUAUCUGGUUCCUGUAACACCGAGAUCUGAAGAACUACCUUCAGAAAGAGAAGGCAUAUUUGGAAGUGCUGGAGAAGGAUCUGUCGACAAAGAUGGAGAACACUUUGGAAAAUUGCAUUGUGCCAAGAGGCAGAAAAUGAUGAGCACAAGUGAGAAUGCAGAUGUGGAACAAACUGCUUCAGAUAGUACCACGGCCCCUUCUCAGACAUUCAUUUCUACAGAUGACUUGCUGGACUGCUUGGUGAAUCCUCAGAUAACCAGGAUGGUGGCACAACUUUUGGUACAAGGCAGAAGUUUAUCAUUCUAAUAGAAGAUGACUUUUUAAAUGUUUUUUAAAAUAUAUUUUUAAAUAGUAUGAUUUUAAAACCAAAGGUGGGACAGCAAAAGGUCAAUUUGCACAUUUGUAAAUGUAUUUUAUAAACCUAAAUAAUUAUAUUUCAGUUGCCACCUUCUUUCAUGCACAUUGCUCUUUGGCCAAACUGGCUCCUUUUUGUUUGUAGACCUGCUUUCCUCAGCCUUUCCCUUUCCUCCCCCAUCCCAUCCUUUCAGCUUAUCUCAUAUGUGAGCCCCAGGAGUUCCCAGCAGGAAGAAAUCUCUCAUGAGCCUCAACCAGGGGUCAACCUGCUGCUUGUUUUUGUAAAUAAAGUUUUAUGGAACACA